AUGGCUUCUCCCGCAAAGGCCACAACAUCCCCCGCAAAAGUGCGACACAUCACCAAGCCACGCCGCCUGCUCAUCCUCUCGCCAACUUCGCAAUCAAUAUCGAUAAUCCCUCCCCUUCUACACUCCCUCACCGGCGUCUCAGUCCAAGACCCUCCCCAGCAACAAAAGACUCACUCCUCUUCCUCAGAGCCAACCGCCCCGCCCCAGUCCACGCCUACAACCACCACGUUCGCCGGGUACACAACACACAGCCCAUUCCGCAUCGAGACAAAAUACUACAGCGCCGAGGUCCCAGUCUGGGUCGACGAAAUCCCACUCGAGACCGAGCAACCUACCACUACGACUACCAGUACCACCGCCACCAAGACAAAUGCAUCUACAAACCCCACGGUGCAGCAGUGGCAAACCGAAUUCCUGAGCGAGGAAGCAGAUAUCGUGCGCGAUGCCGUCGGUGCACUAGUUGUGUGCGCGCACAAUCCACAGAAUCCAGAUCCAGAUCCGAGUGGCGGGACGACCACCGCAGACUCGGUAGCCAACCGGCCGGAUGUGCGCGCGCUGUGCGAGCUAGUGCGCGGCGUCGGCGCCGUCAAGGAGCGCAUCGACGAGGAGCGUGGGGGCGUCGGUGAUGUGCCUAGUGUGUUUGUGCUUGUUGGGGGUGGGAAUGGCGCUGUGUCGCGGUCCCAGCAAACACCGUCGAGUGGGUCGGCGCAAACGCAGCCGGAUCUGGAUCUUGGGGUGGAUGACACGGAUCUCGGGGGUGGUGCAGAGGAUGCGCCGCUCUCAGUGGGGUGGUGGGAGGACCGGUUGUUUGAUAUGGGGUUGUUGGGGUGGGAGGUUGUGGAGUGGAACCCGAAGGAGCAGAGUACAGAGACGAGGCGGAAUCAGUCUGGGGAACUCGAGGGCAUGCCGCGCAUCAAAGAGGUCCUCGAAACACACGACUGGACUGCUUCCAGCGACGAUCCCCAUCUGGACCCCGAUGCUGGAGCUGAUAUCGACGAUGACCUCGAAACAGAAUUGCUGGGUUUUGGUGGCUCUACACAUACACGCGGCUUUAAUGACGAGGUGCAUGAGCUUGAGCGUGAAAUGCUCGGUUUGCGCAUGGCUAUUGAGCGGGGUGGAGGGGACGGCGAGGAGGAUCAGGCCGGGGGCGAUGACGAGAUCAAGGUUGAGUCUAUGGAAGGGCUGAUGAUGCGGAUGCAAGCAAUUCGAGAUAUGAGCUUUGAACUGCCGGAAAGCGAGCGCAAGAGGUUCGCAGCCAAAGCUGUGCAAGAUAUUAUGCGAGAAAUAUAG